CGGAGGUUGCGCGUGCGCAAGCGGUCACAAAGGGCCCGGCGGAGCGCGAGCCCGGCCCCGCCUGCUCGCUCCCGCGGCGCGCGCCGAUGCCGUUAACCGCCUGCACCGACCCCCGCCGAGUCGUGUCCGUGCCGCCGCCUGCUCCGCGCUCCCAUGGCGCUGAAGCGGAUACAAAAGGAACUGAGUGACCUGCAACGAGACCCACCAGCCCACUGUUCUGCCGGCCCUGUUGGAGAUGAUUUGUUCCACUGGCAAGCCACAAUUAUGGGACCUCCUGACAGUGCAUAUCAAGGGGGAGUUUUUUUUCUCACAGUACACUUUCCAACAGACUACCCUUUCAAACCACCAAAAAUUGCUUUUACAACAAAAAUAUACCACCCAAACAUAAACAGCAAUGGAAGUAUUUGCCUUGACAUCCUGAGAUCGCAGUGGUCACCAGCUCUGACAGUAUCUAAAGUUUUAUUGUCCAUAUGCUCCUUGCUUUGUGAUCCUAAUCCAGAUGACCCACUAGUACCGGAUAUUGCACAGAUCUACAAGUCAGACAAGGAAAAAUACAACAGACGUGCAAGAGAAUGGACUCAGAAAUAUGCAAUGUAAGCUUGUGAAGACUUUUUCAUAAACCACAGAGUACUGUAAAUUCUAGGAUUUUUUCAAAGUUAGAAGGAAGUGGAGCACAGCUUACUGUUUUGGUGUGUCAUGAUGCCCCUCAAAUUUUUUUUUUCCACCCAUUUGUGUUUCUGGAGCAAAUGAGAGCAAACUUCCAAAAAUAAACCUUCUGACUGUGAGAAAGAAUAUUUAUCCUUUUUGUAUGCUUUGCAGAAGACAUUUAUGGUUUUUAAGAGUUGGAUAUCUGCAUCUUCAGCCUACGAGAUCCAUUAUGCAGUUGUAAAGCAACCAAAUUAUUUUUGCUGGAAAAAGUAGCUGUUUUUGUGAUGAAUACUGUAUGUGUGUCCUUUAAAGUACAUGGUCUGUUUCUUAAGUGUGUUUGAGUUUAAUUUUUUUUUUUAGUUCACUUAUAUAAUUUGGUUGGGUUUUUAAAAUUUUAUUUACUGUAUAGACUAUUUUAUUUACCAUGUAAGUCAUUUCAGUUUAGACUGACUUGCUCAUGCACAGUAUUGGCAAGAUACAACUGCUAGUAUUGAAAAUAAUUGGAGUAUCUCACCCAUUGGGAUAGUCUGAAGACUGACUGCAGACUCCUUAAAACAUGAAAUACUCUUUGCACUGUAAUUCUUUGUAUGCUGACUAUGGAGAAACACUUGGUUUUGAUUCUGUUGCAUACUUGACUUAAUUUUAUUGCAAUGUGAACUAAUUGCACUGCUAUGUAGGAAGUUGUGUAACCGUUUAUGUUACCGUUCACAACUGAUUUUUGACACAUGGGCAACAUAACACUAUCCCAGACCUUUUACAAGUUUAAAUGUAGCCUUUUCCAUAUAAAUAAAAUGUGUUUUCUACUACUUGUCUUGGCUAUCUUAUUUUUGAAUCAUGCAUAUCCUAAAAGUGCUUGCUCUAACAUUAGAGAAUCAGAAUAUUCAGCAUGCAUGUGUCUUGUAGAGAAAAAGGAAGGUAAAGCCAUGCAUCGCAUACUAUUUAAUGUUGCAAUUAAUUUUGAUGCUAGCUUUAGCCUGAUUCAUUUAGCAUGUUGUGCCCAUUGUUUUAUGAAGGAUUUUAACUAGUUUAAUAACAUGCUACUUCUAUAUUCCUUCAGGGUGGAAAUAAUGCAAGUGUUUAAGCAUCAAACUCUUCAGUUGAGAUAGUGUGUUUGCAGUAUCAGAAUGUUAAAUGUUAGCUUCUCGUGCUUAAAACCAAAUUGGUCCAUUCACUGGCACUUCAGUUGCUGCAGACUAAGCAUGUGGAAAGCCAGUUGUGUUGGUGAGGGGCAAUCACUUCUGAUCAAGUAGAUAAAAAGCAGAAGAAACUAUGAUUUCCUACCAUUUGUUGUUCUUGGGUAUCUGACAACAAAAAUGUGACUAAUAUUUUUCUCUGUACCUUGCACAUGAAAUAAUAGUGACUUGGAGUUGGGAAACUUGUCAUAAGUAAACAGUUUUUAGAUCACAAAAAUAUUUGUGGGGUGGUUUUCUUACUGUAAGAAAUGCCAGCUGGAAUUUGAGGUGUGGACAGAAAGCAUGUGUGACAGGAACUUUUAUCUCUGCCCUUGGGUUACUGCUGUCUUCAUGCUUGCUGACUUCCUCACCCAAAUGGCAUUUUGUUGGUGACAGAUGGGCAAACGUCACUUCUGUGCUACGGUUUUAUCUGUGAUGCGAUUGAGUUUCAAACCAAAAGCUCAGUGGAGAGUGGCUCUAUUAAUCUUUUAAAUAUCCUUGUUCACUUUGGAUUGUAAGCUGAAUCAAUGUGGGGUGUUUUAUUAUUAAAAUGAGUGCUUAAUUAUACUUGAACUAGGACAAUGUAGCUAGGAAGGCAAAGCCAUUGUUUAUACUUAAUGCUAAAACGGUGGUAGAAAACUCUGACCAUCAGAAUGUGUUCCCAGAGCUUUUAUUUUUUCUAGCUGGGUAGUAAUAUGUUUGUACUGAAGUUACUUAAAUGUUUGCAAUAUCUGUACUGUGAAAUUGGAACUUUGAUUUGCAUCUCAGAAUAAUCAUAUUCUUUUGGUUUACCAGUUUGUAUUAGAGAUGGCUUGAAAACGUUUGUAUUUGAGACAUUUACUAACUGUUGCUUUUUCUGCUGUGUGCCAUACACGUGAGAGUCGUUUUCCAUCACAGUGCAAGAGCAGCAGGAUGAUCAGAAACCGAAGACCAGCAACAAUGAUUAAACAUACCCCCCCAGAUUUCUAUCUUACAAACAUGCUGGUUGGAGGCAUGAAGAUGAAUCUGAUUCGUAUUGUUCUCAGCUGUUCACCUUUUCUUGCCUCUGGAAGGCUGCUUGAGAUAACACAUCCUUACGUAAGCUUUCAGUCUUUCAAGGUCUGGGGUGGAUUUGAUCUGUUAAGGUAACCAGCUCUAGCCCUCCUCAGAGUUCCUCGGUUAAUGCAUGCAGCGUAGCUCUAGGGAGGAAAUGACAGUUAAGGUUACUUCAUCCUCUCUUGUUUACUCUGGUGGAAAAAGCCCUGGCAGAGUCUCUGCACCUUUCCCCCUUUGUUCCUGUUUUUGCUGCGGUGUCUCCCGUUCCACAGCUGCAACCACCCCAUUGUGCUCUGCCUAAGACAGCCGCAGCCAGAAGCUUGUUUUAAAGAGGAAACCAGUAACCCCGGACUGUGAAUUUUUGGCCACAACUUGUCACCUGCUGCUUACUUUCUUUCUGAUCUGUGUUGGUUUCGGCCUGCGGCCUCAUACAAUAAACACGGACGAAUACUGGUAAAA